AUGAAGCACGCAGAGCCCACAACUCAGCCACACAUCAGCACAAUUAGCCCAGCGCAGCCCAAUCUAGACCCAGGACCUCCCGAUGGUGGCCUCCACGGCUGGGCGCAAGUCCUCGCCGGCCACUUCAUCUUCGUCCUAACAUGGGGCUACUCUGCCGCCUUUGGCGUCUUCCAGACCCAUUACCGGCAUACGCUUCCAGAGAGCGCGUCGACCAUCUCCUGGAUCGGCGGCGUACAAGUGUUCAUCCUGCUCCUGAUAUCCGCGCUCUCAGGUAGGGCUACAGAUGCCGGAUACACAAAGACCCUUAUCCUCGUGGGCUCGUUCCUGAUAGUCCUCGGCACGUUCAUGACCAGCGUGGCCACCGUGUACUGGCAGAUCUUUCUCGCUCAGGGCGUCUGCGUGGGCAUUGGGAUGGGCUUGAUCUGGCUCCCUGGGGUGACGUUGAUUUCGACUUAUUUUGUUCGCAAAAGGGUGUUUGCCGUUGCGGUGGCUGCGUCGGGUACGAGUACCGCGGGCAUGAUCUUUCCGGCUAUUGUACAGACUUUGAUACCGAAGAUAGGCUUCCCAUGGGCGGUGCGGUGUAUGGGAUUCGUUGUUCUCUUCAUCGCCGUCGUCAUUAACUUGGUGCUUCAUCCGCGCAUGCCACCUCGCAAAUCCGGACCGUUGGUCGAGUGGGCGGCGUUUAAAGAAACGUCGUAUGUGACGCUCACGUUUGGCAUCUUCUUGAUCUACUGGACGUUUUUCUUUGUGUUUUUCUACAUCCAAGUCUACGCGCGCGAAAAACUCGCCAUGCCCGAAUCCCACGGCGCGAAUCUAAUCAUAAUCAUGCACGCCUCUGGCAUCCCCAUCCGCCCACCUCUGGGCUUCAUCGCCGACCGCUACAUCGGCCCCCUAAACAGCCUGAUCCCGCUGACCGCGCUCUGCGGUAUGCUCAUGUUCUGCUGGCACGGCGUAGUCAGCAUCACGGGGCUGUACGUGUUCGCGGUCUUCUUUGGCCUGGUGUCGGCGGCUGUGUUGGGGUUGGUGGUGGGCACGAUCCCGUCGUUGACGAGGGAUUUGAGCAAGAUUGGGACGCGGGUGGGGAUGGCGUUGACGCUUGUUAGUCCUGGGCCGUUGACGGGGCCGUCGGUGGCCGGGGCGUUGAUUGCGAGAGGAGGGGGGGAUUAUUUGGGGGCGCAGGGGUGGGCGGGGGGUGCGUUGUUGGUGGCUGCUGGGGUUUUGGUUGUCGCGAGGGUUUCGUCGUCGGGGUGGAGGUUGAUGGUGAAGAUUUGA